CCCUCCCCUAAGCACAGAGCUCCCCCUCGCUGUCCUCUCCCUGCACCCCAUGGGGCUCGGCACCCAGGGGCCCCCCGGCACCGCUGCCACUGCUGGGGCCCCGCGCGGCUCCCCGCAGAGCUGGCCCCACGGGGCAAACCUGAUCUGCAGGAAGUGCCGGGUGUCUCAGGGCCAAGCCCCCAGCCCCGCCAGGGCAGCCGUGCUGCCGGCUCUGGGCCACAACUGUGACCGGAGGUGAGAAAUCCCCCCCCAGGUCCCUUCCAAAACCAGCCUCUGCUGCGCACUGUCUCAGUUCCCCCAUCACAGUCACAGUCCAGCAGGGCAGGCAGGGGGACGGGGCCAGGAGCAGGGUGCGCCCUGAGGUUUUGGUGUCAGCCUGAGGGUGGUGUGGAUGUGCCAAGAGCGGCUGUGAGGGUCCUGGGCAGUAUGGGGUCCAGAGCACAGCAGCCACCCGCUCACCCCAGUAUUGGCCAUGGGUCUGUGGGGAGCGAUGCUGUCCCCAGCUGCCACCGUCCCCUCCUGCUUCUCAUCCUAACCCACCCACAGGAGGAUGCACGCUGGCACUGGAGGGGCUCGUGGAGGGCCAACCCCACCUGGCUGGGCAGUGGGAGCAGAUUUGGGGCACAGCCGGGGUCCCGAGGGCUGAAUUAUCCCUCCUAGAAGGUAGAAGGGGCACAGGUCCCAGCAGGGCGCAGAGCCAGCAUGCCAAGCCAGGGUGGCAGCGCAGAAUGGGGGGGUGUCGGAGUCCCUGUGAAUCCUCCUGGCAUUGUUCUGGGGCAGGAAGAAGCAGAAAGGGGUUAACAGGGAAGUGCAGCAACUCCUCCCUCGUGGGGCGGGUGUCUCACCUGCAGGCAGCACCCAGCAAGGAGGGAGGUGCUGGGUGCACCCUGGGGCCAGGCAGGUGGGCACCCUGGCACCCCAAAACCGACUCUCACCCCACUCCAGUGCGCAAGGAGCCGGAGGAGCCGCCUGCCCACGUCUACCUCAACAUCCAGGAGCUGCAGGAGGAAGCCGCCACGGGCAGCUCGGCCCCGCCAGCGCCCGAGGAGCCCUGCGGCUCCAGGACGGACUGGGAAACCCACAUGGACACAGACUCUGGACACUUGUUUUAUUACAACCCAGUCACCGGCGAGACCACAUGGGAUUGCCCCUUUGAGCAGGCAGAAGAUGGAGUGAGUCCCGCCGCCUCACCCGCCUCCUCGCUCGCCCACAGCCCGCAGUUUGCCGAGUGGGGCCAGUACGUGGACGAAGCCAGCGGACAGGCUUUUUUCUAUAAUUCGGUAACAGGUGAGACGUCGUGGGACCCCCCACACACGGGCGACAGCUCCCAGGAUAUGUACCCUGGGCUGACGCCGUGCAGCCCCAUGGAGCAGCGGCCGCCCACUCCGGAAGCGGAUUAUCCUGACCUGUCUCCGGAUGAGCUGGAGGGCUACCCCGAGGAGGACUACUCGCCCCUGGGCUCCUAUGAGCAGGGGGCUGCUCACUACCUGCCCCCGAGGUACCCUGAGGAGCUGGGCUCAUCCCCGGGCUGGUAUGGGCACAGCCACCCUGAGGGAGCACCCGGCUACCCCGAGCACUUCGGCACAGAGACGGUCCCGGCAGGCAGCCGGCAGCACCGCGCCAGCAGCAGCUCCAGCCAGGACAGCGGGCUCCUCGCCUGGCCCAGCUGCACGCCAGCGGCACUGGGGCUGAAGGAGGAGAAGUUCAAAAGCCUCGACAAGGCCGGCGUGCUCAACAGGACCAAGAUAGCGGACAGAGGGAAGCGGUUGCGGAAAAACUGGAGUUCGUCCUGGACUGUGCUGGAGGGUGGGAUCCUGACCUUUUUCAAGGACUCCAAGCACUCGUCUGCUGGUGCCCUGAGGCACCCGGGCAACCUGACCAUGCCGGAGCACACGGUGGAGCUGCGUGGGGCCACUGUCACCUGGGCCAGCAAGGACAAGUCCAGCAAGAAGCACGUCCUGGAGCUGAGGACGCGGGAGGGCUCCGAGUUCCUCAUCCAGCACGACUCGGAGCAGAUCAUCGCCACCUGGCAGAAGGCCAUCGCGGACAGCAUCGCCCGGCUGGGCACUGACCUGCCUGCCGAGGAGGACGCCGAGAGCGGGACGGAAUUUGGGUCCCGGGAGAAGCUGGGGAGCAGUGAGGAGAGGAGGGCCUCAGCGUCUGGGCAGGCUGCGGGCACGGCCGAGAGCGACUCGAGCAAAGUGCGCAACAAACUCCGCAAGUUCCUGCAGAGGCGGCCGACGCUGCAGUCCCUGCGUGAGCGGGGCUACAUCAAGGACCAGGUCUUCGGCUGCUCCCUGCAAGUGCUGUGUGAGCGGGAGCGCGGCACCGUGCCCCGCUUCGUCCAGCAGUGCAUCCAGACCGUGGAGAGGAGAGGGCUGGACAUAGAUGGGCUGUACCGGGUCAGUGGCAACCUGGCCACCAUCCAGAAGCUGCGCUACAAAGUGGACCACGAUGAGCACCUGGACCUGGACGAUGGGCGCUGGGAGGACAUCCACGUCAUCACCGGUGCCUUGAAGCUCUUCUUCCGCGAGCUGCCUGAGCCGCUUGUCCCCUUCAGCCACUUUGACAAGUUCAUCGCUGCCAUCAAGAUGCAGGAGCCGGCGCGGCGGGGACGCUGCAUCCGUGACCUGGUGUACUCCCUCCCGCCUGCCAACCACGACACCAUGAUGUUCCUCUUCCGGCACCUCUGCAGGGUGAUCGAGUACAAGGAGGAGAACCGCAUGUCGGUGCAGAGCGUCGCCAUCGUCUUCGGCCCCACGUUGCUGCGGCCGGCGAGCGAGGAGAGCAACAUGGCCAUGCACAUGGUCUUCCAGAACCAGGUGGUGGAGCACAUCCUCAACCAGUACAGCUACAUCUUCCCCGACGGCUAAUGCCUGGCCACGGGGACACGCACGGGGACGAGCCCGGCGGCGGGGACACGAAGUGGCGGGGACUCGGGGCAGGACUCGGCUGCCCGGCACCACAGUGUGCGGGUGGCAGCAGUUGGCACCCUGGCGAUGGGCAGCGCUGGUGCAAGGUGCCCGGCUCGAGCCUCCCGGACAUGGCUGGAAGGAUGGGGACACCACUGGUGGCACGGACCCUGCGGGGAUGGGACCCCUUGGGAUGGGGAGGGCAGGGAGGAGCCGUGGCUGGGACCGAUGGCUGGCAUCAGUGCUCCCAAAUAAAGAGCCUGUUCAGCCACGAGGA